AUGGCAUCGAUGCGUACGCACUUUCGUGCCACAAAGGGCUUCUGUUUGUGCCACUUGCUGUGCGUGUGGCGCAUCACGGGUAAACUCUGCACCUAUUUGGGUUAUUAUCACGCAAGCUAUGUGCCACAACGCUGUAGUUUUGUGCUCGACGAUCAGCUCUAUGUGCAACUGAUGGCGAUUGUCAAUGGCUUCUGCAUACUCGGUUAUUGGUGGUUCGCACAGCGUUGGAUCUACGAUCAGUUGUUGCUGUUGUUGUAUGCACCACUUUACAUCUACUUCUUUCAGCUGAGACAACACAUCGCUCAGCUGCUCAACGAGUGUGCGAAGAUUCAUCAAAGAUUUCAAGCUUUACUCGGAUCUUGGUUAUGCGUCUCGUUGCGCAAAGGAUCUGUGUUGACUCUGUUGCUGCCGCUGGAAUUGUUGCUGCUGCUCGUGUGGCAAUAUCACAUGUACUACGGCUAUCAGUUCUGCUUUCUGGCCGGACUCAGCUUCAUCUAUCUGCUGCAGUUGGUCUGGCUGGGCAACUAUCUCAUCUGGCUGGCGAGCAUCUAUCGAGCGUUGAAUGAGUUUCUCUUGCAUCACAUGAGCAGCUACCGCAUGGGAACCUUGAAGGGCAUCCUUAGACAGGAGUCUCGAAUUUGGCGUUUGCACUUUCGCAUCACUCGCUACUUUGUGCUGCAUCUGCUCUCGUUCCUCACCUUAAUUGUCUCGCACAGUUGUCGUCUCUAUCUGGGCAGGAUUAACAACCAUCAGCUGCACAUCGAUCGAUUGCAGUUGGUGCACUUAAUGCUGUUGCUCUCCCUACUCAUCACACUCUUGGCUGCAGCUUGUGAGUUGCAACAGCAACGCAGACAUUUCCAUUGCAAUUAUCUGCGCCUCGAGGAUCGCAUUGAGUACUUUCAGCUAAAGUCGUGGGGACUGCUAAAGCACCAAACGCUGCCCAUGCCCUUCGGCCUGCCUCUGGUGCGCUCCUUUGCCAGGCCACAGCACAAAAGGGACAUCAUCACCAUCAAACUGCCCGCCCCCAAGUUGCGUCAAAGUGCUUUGCCUCUGGUCAGCAUUGGUCUGGGCCAUCAUCGAGUCCAAUUGCCGUUGCCCCCGUUGCUGUCGAUGCUCAAACAAUUGGGUUUCAUACUGUUGCUGCCACUCUACGUUCAGCUCCUCAACUCGCAACUCAGGGUGACCUUCUACAAUCCCCUCACCUCGGGCUAUUCAAAUGCUAAUGUGACCGGUACAAUUAGCCAGGUAUUUCGCUUUUACGUCUAUGAUGAAUUGGAAUGA